AUGAAAUCCAAGUUUGCAUUUGUCGCAGCUGCCAUAGUGGCAUUCUGUGGACCAGCUUUGGGUCACUGCCCUGACACGGUCACGGUUACCAUCACCUCGAUUGUAACUGAUUGUAGAGGGCCGCGAACGCCAACAACAUCUCCGACAUCUCCAUCGUCGACAUCUUCUUCCUCCUCGACCAGCAUCUCGACCUCCGAUAGUUCAUCUACUGUUCUUUUUUUUACCGCUUCUACCAAGGCUACUAAAAGCAGACGUCCACAUCACCACUAUAGUCACCAACCUGAUCCCGCUACUACAAGCAUGCACCAUCCAUCGCCUACUCUCCUUGAUUGCCAGCCAGACAAUUGUCUGCGAGCUUUGCAAAAUACAGCCCACUUUCCUGGUGCUUCGAGCUUCUGUGCCACCUACACAGCUUCUGUGAAUACUGCUACUACUGGAUUCCCGGAACCUAUCGUUAAUUGUAAAGCCAAGCCAUCCUUGAUUUCUUCGGCUUGUUCCUGUAUUGACCCCAACCUGGUGUUAUCGUCAACACAUGCUCCGAGCACUCGAGGAACUUUGAUUUACUCUUCCAAUUCUACCAUGACGACUUCCUCAAUUAACUCAACUACGGCACACACUACGUCGUCAGCAACCACGAACGGUACAAUCUCCUCAUCCUCAACGACUUCUGGUGUCAGCUCUACGACGGUAAAGAACCCUCAACCGCCCAAAGCAACUCUGCCGUUGGACUGUCAACCCGAUAACUGUCUUCGUGCAUUUGAAAACAAAGCGUUUAUGGACGGUCCCAAGUUCUGUGCAACAUACACCGCAGGACCAUCUACUCCAACCGAGAUCCCUGACUACUUGCGAAAUUGCGAAGCCAAUCCUACUUAUUUGGCUUCGGCAUGCUCCUGUAUCAACACAUCUCUUCCAGGAGCUAUUGGAUACACGUCUCAUUCUUCAUCCACCACCAGUACCACUUCACCAGGUACCUCAACCAAAGCAUCAACCACAACCACCACUUCGCCGACGUCAACUAGCCCAAACAAUACUCCCGCGCUAGAUCCAUACGUGGACUGUCACCAGGACAACUGUUUCCGCGAAGCAAUUCAGUCUACGUCGCAAUUCUCACGGUUCUGCUCGACCUAUACCACUGCGGUGGUGACGGCCACCAGCGAACUUCCACCCUUUGUCGCCAUGUGUUCUCAGCCAGCAGUAAUCUCGUCAGUAUGCUCAUGCAUCGUCGCUCCAACUGGUACUGGUACUACGGUCUCUAGCACCAGCGCCGGUGGCAAUGGUGGUGCUGCGGCUACCUCUUCCGCGUCUGCUUCCUCCUGCGCUGCGGUGACAGUCGUUUAUGAGACUCGCACGCAGAUUGCUACCAUUCUGACGACUGUCACUGCUCCGUCAUCCUCGGUUUUAUCAGCCAAAGUCUCAGCUACACUCCGAAGACGCUGGGGAUCUCAGUAG